AUGACCACAGCACAUCGACCCACCUUUGAUCCGGCACGCGGAAAAGACGCCCAGCGCGGUCCCGCAUUCCACCAACGUCUCCUACCUGCGCACACCGUCCUCAAACACCGCCAACCCGGCCAAGGCACCGAAACCGAAACCAACCGCCGCGACCUCCUCCAGGAGCUCCUCGAAGCCGAAGCCGCCCACGAAGCGAAGAAGUCCGGCCACCCCGUCCCGAGCGCGGACCGCGAUGCGAUCGAGGGCGCCGACGAACGCGGCACGAAACGCGCGCACGGGGCGAUCGAGGGCGUGGGGGAGGCGGAUGUAGAGGACGCGGACGAGGAUGCGGAGGCGAAGCGGCGGAGGACGAUAUUAGAGGAGGCGGCGGGGUUGGAUAGGGAUGAAGAGGAUAGCGAGGAGGACAGUGACGAGGAGAGCGAUGAGGAUGAGGAUGAGGAGGCGCUACUGUUGAGGGAGAUGGCGCAGAUUCGGAAGGAGAGGGCGGAGAAGGCGGCGCGAGAGGAGGCGGAAAAGGCGGAGAAAGAGGAGGAGCAGAGGGUGCAUGAGAUCGCGAGGGGGAAUCCGCUAUUGAACCCGAACGACUUCACGGUGAAGCGGCGGUGGGAUGACGAUGUGGUGUUCAAGAACCAGGCGCGAGGAACGGAAGAUCGGAAUAAGAAGACGGAGUUUGUCAACGAUCUCUUACGAUCGGAUUUCCAUAAGCGGUUCAUGAGCAAAUACGUCCGAUAA